UCACAGCAGAAGAAAAUAAUGACACCACGGAGAACACAAGUUUUGAUCUGCGGAUCUGGCUCUGCCGGCAUCUUUGCGGGAACCUGGCUCGCAAGGUACAACAUCCCAUUUACCAUUCUCGAAAGCCGCUCCGGACCCAUGGAAAUCGGCCAAGCAGAUGGCGUGCAGUGUCGGACUGUCGAGAUUUACGAGUCCUUUGGGCUGUCAGAGGAGUUACUGAGGGAGGCGUAUCACAUCCUCGAAGUCUGUUUCUGGGGCGAGGGAUCGGGAGAAGGAAUCGAACGGAAAAGCAGAGCGAUUGACACGGAGAGAGGGUUGAGCCAUAUGCCUCAUGUUAUUCUGAAUCAGGCCAAAAUGAAUGCGCUGAUGCUGGGCGAAAUGAAGAGGCUGAGUGCUGGUGAAGAAAAGGUGGAGUAUGGAUGGACCAUCAAGAACGUGACCGUCGAUGAAGAAAAAGUGGAUGAUCCUGAGGCAUAUUGCUGUAAAGUGACUGCAGAGAAAGAUGGAAAGCAGGAGGAAUGGGAGGCUAAAUAUGUCUUGGGAUGCGACGGUGCACACAGCACUGUUCGAAGAAGUCUUGGUUACAGCAUGGUUGGCGAUACCACUGACACAGUUUGGGGCGUCAUGGAUAUCUACCCUUUGACCAAUUUUCCUGAUAUCCGACGGAAAUGCACAAUCCACUCUCAAGCAGGCAACAUCCUCAUCAUCCCUCGCGAAGGAGGUUCUCUAGUCCGUUUUUACAUUCAACUCCCACCAGGAUCUCGCGCCAAAGAUGUCACCCUCUCCGACCUGCAAGCAACGGCGAAACGAAUCUUCGCGCCUAGAUACACAAUGGACUUCGCCGAUACAUUUUGGUGGUCCGCCUACAGUAUCGGCCAGCGUCUCGCGGAUCAUUUUCACAAGUCCCACCGUGUUUUCCUUACGGGCGACGCAUGCCACACACACUCCCCCAAAGCUGGACAAGGGAUGAAUGUCUCGCUGCAGGAUGGGUACAAUCUUGGUUGGAAACUUGCCUCCGUCCUACGCGGGAUCGCGCCUCCAUCUCUACUCCGCACAUAUAUCCAGGAACGUACUAAGACGGCCUCGGACUUAAUUGCGUUUGACCGCGAAUUCGCGAGGAAAUUUAGUACAAAGGAAGAGAAGGAAGGCGACUUUGCGGAUUUCUUCGUGAAGAGUGGGCGUUAUACAGCCGGAUUCACAGCUCGGUACGAGGACUCUGCAAUCACAGACGCCCAUGAUAGCGUGCAAGAAGCGGCUGCAGGGUGCAGUGUGGGCAUGCGCUUUCCUAGUGCACAAGUGAUUCGUUUCUGCGACUGCAAGGCGCUGCAGCUGCUGAGGGUGUUUCAGAGCGAUGGAAGGUGGAGGGUGGUUGUUUUCGCUGGUGAUACCCACAAAAGUACUGCCCAGAGAGAGAAGUUGGAGAAGUUAGCUACCUGCUUGGAGAGCAUAGUUCCCAAAUUCACGCCUAGGAAAGAACAUGUCGAUAGUCUGAUCGAGCCAAUAUUAAUACUUCGAAACACGUUCUUGGAGACGGAGCAGGACCAAACCCCAGAUUUCUUCUGGCCGGCUACCGGGAAAUGGGGAAUUAGAGAUUUGCACAAAGUCUACAUUGACGACGAACAUUACAAUGCGGGACACGGCCAUGCUUAUGAGAAGUACGGCGUGGAUCCCAGCCAAGGUGCCGUCGUUAUCGUACGUCCAGAUCAAUAUGUCUCAAAAGUAACUACCCUCGACGAUCUCGCAGGCGUCGAAAAGUUCUUCGAAGGCGCGCUGCUCAAACAAGAAAAGAGCACAGCAGAGAAGGAGGUGGCGCAGGGAAAGCCAAAUAGUUCCAGACUGUGAAAGAUCCCGACGAUCGCUACUACUAGUCUAUGGUACCGGUGUGGUACGCCCAGCGCUUGACCAACUCUUAGAAUAGCAGAUGUAUAAGGGGCAAGUUGGCGAAGCCUGAAAAUGUCGAAAAUGCGCGUU